GUUUCCGGCAGCACCAAAAGUGCAAAGUCGUCGAAAAUUGAGCCACGUAGCACCAAGAAUUACGGCGACGCCAGAUUUGGUGACAGGUGACAAAGUUCAAGCAUUAGACAGUGAACCUCGACAAAGAGCUGUGGAUGCGCCGCUAAGACUGAAAAUAUGAUGGUGCACCACCCGAGCUCCGGCAGCUUCAGUGCAUCGUCUGCAGUGACAAGUUCCUUUUUUGUUUUCUGCUCGACGAGCUCGAACAGUCGCAUGUUUUCAGCCACCGUAAAAUACCAAGCACGCGCCCAUUUCGCAACAAGCGUUUCAAACAUCUUGCAACAUUCCAAAUGUAAGCAAAGGAUACAUCGGGCACCCAGCCCAGCAAUCUUUUCAGCCCACUAAGCUAACCAAGAUGCUCUUUUGCGUUGGUUGCCUUUCUAGAAGGUUGGUACAAAGUGGUAAAUCUUGACGCAAGAGCACCAGCACGAAGCAGGCGCGACGAGUGUAGUUAAAAUUUGGGGGUUCUGCCAGAACCUUGCUUCGUGAGAUGAAGCAAUGGCCUUUUCUAUGAUGUGCCCGUUGUGCUCUUUCCCGGUUGUUGAACCUAACAAGUGUCCCAUUUUGUCCGAACUAUAUUUACGGUUGAAGCUUGCUCGGUAUUUAACACUGACAUGCUCUUCGAAUUUGUCUCGACUAGUUGGCAGAAUUCUUCGCCAUAGGUCAGCUUCAUUCGUUUUCAAACCUUGUGCACAUCUCACCACACUCCUCAUGUUUCUUUUAGUUUUGUUAGAGGUGCGUGCUUCGAACAUGCAGCUUAGCCCUGUGUUUGACUGCGCUCGUACUUGGGGUUUCUUUAUGGUUUCUUCACAAGUAGGCAAGUUUUACUUUGCCCGAAAUGUGAUGUCUAGAUGUUGUGAUUAGGUGCUCAAUGUUUUGAAGUUGAGUACUGAAGUUAACCCUUUUGAUCUGCCCUAUGAACAUUAUUUCUGAAUAUCUGAUGUUGUGUGUGAGUAGGCAUCUUCAAGGGAUAUAAUCUAUCUCAUUACUUUUUUUGAUUGUGAAGUAGGUAGUCUGAUCACAUAGCAGUUCAUUCAAAGGCAGCAGUGAACCUUUGAUUUUCAUACAGUACACUAACAUGUAGUUCAACAUGGUACAUGUAUUAUGCAGGACUUGUGCGAUCUGGCAGUUUGUGUGUGAAUCUUUCAUGCGCUCAUAUUUGGAUUGCCUCGAUGCUACACUGGGAAGUGUUUUUCCAUCGUGAAACUUUGGUCUUGCAGAAGUUCCCUUUGAAAGUGAUGCUUAUGCUAGUAACAGAGUAAAUUCAGUUGCUGGUAAUUGCCAUAAUUUCUUUUUGACAAUGGCAAAAGUGUUACUUCUGUUAGGAGUGUUUCUCUUGUUUACUCUUCUGAUGUAUAUGAUAAUCUGCUGCACUUUACUUGGUCCCAUUUUGGUGGAAAAAAAAAAAGAAGUAACCAAGAUGAACUACCGUUUUGUCUGUUUCGUCUACCACCCAUUAGCUACUUCGUGAGCCAUGUGUGAGCAUGCUUGUAGUUUGUGGGUUUUUAACACAGAGCAUUACGCAUGCUCACGUUUAUGGGCCUGGCCCAAGUGCAACAAGAUUUUAAAAUAUGAGCCCUAUGAAACCUCGUUAAUAAUUAACCCCAACCAAACCUGUCAAGUACUUUGACGUUAGCCUUAUGCCUUGUUUAAGCUUGCGGAAGGGAGACUUGCCGCCAGCUGGAUUCGAACCUCUGCAGGUUCAUUGUGAGCACCUUAAUUGUAGCCCUGCAUGCGUUACCAGCUGGACGUUUCAAGUGUCAGGGUGCCUCGUUUAAUAGCGAUAGCUUCAUAUAGGAACCCAUUGCGAAUUUUUCUUGCUCUUGUUGGUCUUGCUGCCUGACGUCACAAUGUUGUGGGACGUCUCGUGUCACCUGACAUCACGAUUUCUCCGCUUGAUUUAAUGGUGAAAUAUAUCUGCUAAUUUCCGAUAGGAAGCGCUGCUCAUUGAAAACCCUUCUGGGUGCUAUCGUACCUUUAUUGCAUAUUGCCGCUUUCAUGACCUAGAAAGAACACACUCCUCCGUACUUCUAGAAGAUUCGAAUUUACUCUUACCCCUCGUGUAAAAGAUAAGGAGGUCAACAUGGUGUUCGAGCAUCAGUCUCGUCCUAGCUCACUCUCGAAUAUUCUAGGUUGAAUAUUUGAGACGCCGUCUGUUGUAGGAAAGGGGUCAAGCGUGGCCUUGCCGACUCACACUCUGUGGCAUUGCGACGCUGCGAUGUUCGCUGCUGCUGUUUCAACUCUCGUUUUUUCUUUUGUUUCUGGCUUGGCGAUUAAACCUGAACUUUCAGUUUUACUAUUCUUGAUCCUUUUUAUCCGUGACAAUAUCUAAGCCGAGUGAUUUAUUUUACUGUUGUUGCCUUGCACUCGUACUCAUUCCAUCUUCAUCAUCCCCCACCCCACCCCCCAGAUGACGAGGAACAAGGACUCGACUCCGACAGCAGCGGCGACAAGACCUCGAGGCAACCAAGAGAGGGCAUGCACACCUUUAGCUGCGACCUCUGCAACUUCCACGACUACAACGAAAACCACGUGCUGCUUCAUCGGCUGUGCCACGUCGGACCGCCGCCGCUGCGCUGCCACGUCUGCAGCGACGAGUUCCGCCUGCUGGUCUCGCUGAGCCGCCACAUGCGGCUGCACCUCAGUGCCAAGCCGUACCAGUGCGGCGUCUGCUCGGCGCGCUUCAGGGUGUCCCGCAACUUCAGGGCCCACCUGCGGACCCACACGGGGGAACGGCCGUUCACGUGCGGGCAUUGUCGCAAGUCGUUUGCGCAGAAGGCCGGCCUGAACCUGCACUUGAUGACGCACACGGGGGCGAGGGCCUUCACCUGCCACCUCUGCCCGCAGGCGUUCGUCGCCAAGUCGGCGCUGGUGAAGCACGUCGAGUUGCACUUUGGAGUGCGGGCGGCGGUCGAGGAGACCGCUGUGCCGGGCGGUCCAAACUGGGCGGAGGAAACGCAAGGAAAGCAAGGAGACGCCGCAGCACGGUCAGGCAGCGGGAACCCGUCGCAAUCUACCGACGAGGAACGGGACUCGGACGAGGACGAUGCCAGGACGCAGCUCAAGCUGAUGCGCACCUUCGUUUGUGAAAUCUGCGGCUACGCCAGCCAGAACGAGAACAUCAUGAUGCGCCACCGCAGGGACCACGCUGGGAUGAGGCACCUGCAGUGCCAUGUGUGCCACAGAGAGUUCUCGGAGUCCUCCCUGCUCAACGCACACAUGUGGACGCACGCCACCACCCGACCCUACCAGUGCAACCAGUGUCGCCUACGUUUCCGGAACAAGGGGCACCUCAGGGACCACGUCCGGACGCACACCGGAGAGCGGCCGUUCGCCUGCGGCUUCUGCGGCGAGAAGUUCCGCCGGAAGACCACCCUGGCCAGCCACACCUUGAGGCACACGGGGGAGAAGCCAUUUGCAUGUCACCUGUGCCCGGAGACAUUCGUGCGUAAUAGCGCGCUGCAGAACCACCUCGAGAUGCACGAGAGCAAUUAGCGAUUCGAGCGUCUGCAAUGACCGGCGGCAUGGUCUUCCUUUUUUUUUUCUUCUUUCAUACUUUCUUUUUGUGCCGUCUGCGUUUUUGAAGUUCCUACCGGGGCUGGUGCAAGGACACGGUGUCACACUGAGUGCAGUUGCUGCGACAGCUUGGAAAGGAAGAUUUGACAGUAGAAUUCAUCCGAGGCGACAGGUGACAAAUUGCAAACAUCAACAGUGAGCGUGACUAUGAGCUGUGGAUACGCCGCCGAGACUGAAAAUAUGAUGGUUCACCACCAGACCUGCAGUGACUUCAGUGCAUCGUCUGCAUCGACGAGUUCCCUUUUUGUUUUCCGCUCGACGAGCUCGAACAGUCUCGUGUUUUCAGCCACCCUAAAAUACCGAGCACGCGGUCAUUUUGCAGUAAGCAUUUGAAACAUCUUGCGACAUUUGAAAUGUAAGCAAAGGAUGCGUCGAGCGCCCAACCCAGCAAUGUUUUCAGCCCACCAAGCUAACCAAGAUGCUCUUCUGCAUCGGUUGCCUCUCGACAAGGCCGGUACAAUGUGAUAAAUCUUGACACGAGAGCACCAACACGAAGCAGGCUUGACGAGUGUUGUACGGCUGCUUUAAAAUUGGGGGUUCUGCCAGAAUCUUGCUCCGUGAAAUGAGGCAAGGAGCUAUCCUACGAUGUGAUCCUUCUGCUCAUUCCCUGUUGUGGAAUGUAACAAAUGUCCCAUUUUGUCCUGAUUAUAUUUAUGGUGGAAGUUUGCUCGGUAUUUAACGGUAACGUGCUCUGCGAAUUUCUCUCAACAAGUUGGCAGAAUUCUUGGCCAUAGCUCAGCUUCGUUAACUUCCAAAGUUGCGCACGUCUCUCCACACUCUUGAAGUUCCUUUUACUUUUGCUACAGGUGUGUGCUUCAAACAUCCAGCUCUCCCGUUACUUAGUCCUGUGUUUGACUGCUUCGUGCCUGUGGUUUUUUAUGGUUUCUUUGCAAGUAGGCAAGUGUUACCUUGCCUGAACUGUGUUGUCUAGAUGCGAUUAGGUGCUAAUGUUUUGAAGUCAAGUUCUAUGGAUUGAAAAUUAUUUUAAUGAAUGUGUGAUGUGAGUGGGCUAAUUGGAUCUUCAAGUGAUAAAAUCUAUCUCAUUACUAGUUUUUGGAUUGUGAAGUGGUCGUAUCAGAUAGCAGUUCAUACGCAUGCAACAGUGAACCUUUGAUUUUCAUAAAAUACACCGAUAUGUGGAAGCUUAUGUGUGAAUCUCUUAUACGCUGAUAUUUGAAUGCCUCGAUGCUAUACUAGGAAGUGUUCUUCCAUUGUGAAACUUCGGUCUUGCAGAAGUGCCCUUUGAAAGUGAUACUUAUGCUACUAGUACCAAAGUUAACUCAGCUGCUUCUAAUUGCCAUAAUUUUUAUUUGACAAUGCAAAAGUGUUACUUCUGUUAAGAAUGUCAAUCUGUUUACUGUUUCGUGGUGCAUGAUAGUCCACCGCACCUUGGGUUGAUGGUCCAGACAAUCCCAUUUUUGAAAGACCAAAAAGGAAGUAAAGAUGCCUUUGUUUUCUCUA